AUGGCUGCGAGCUCCUGCCGCUGGCGGGACAAACAGCCUACGUCCAUGGGGGAGGACGGCACCGACACUGACGUGAGCGCUGGGCCCAGGACGGAGGAGGAAGAGUUCCUUUCGUUGGAUGACAUCAAGGACACCAACGUGGUGAGCUUGGACAUGAAGAAAGAUCACCAGCCUAAUACUGUGAACAUUGUCCCCUUGACGCCGAUGGCCCUGGUACCCCCAGAGGAGACAGAAAAGAAGGACAACCCCCUGUUCAGCCGGAAGGGGGAGAUCCUGGCCAGCCGGAAGGAUUUCCGCAUGAACACGUGCACCCCUCACGCCAGCGGAGCCUUCAUGCUGGAGCUGGCGGGCCUCUCACCCACGCAGUGCUUCCAAGCAAGACGCCAGGCUGGGGACCUUGGCAGUGCUACAGGAGGGCAGACUGCCGCCCCGGGAUCUGGAAACGCGCCCAUGGAGGUCAGUGCCUGUGAGACUCCUGUCCCAGUCUUGAACUUCUCUGAAAAUGAAGGCGCUGUGGCACCAGACGGGGGUGGUGGUGGUGAUGACGAUGAUGAUGCAGGAGGAGGAGGUGAUUUCUUGCCUGAUGCCCCAGAAGGGGGCGUGGAGACCAGUCCUGCUGCUGUCGAGCACAUUCAUCAGCAGAAGAGUGUGCCCGAGGGCAAGGGGUACAUGCUGCGGGAACGGGCCCCGGCCGUGGAGCCCAGUGUCCACAUCAAGGAGAUGCUGGAUCCGUGGCGAAGCCUUGACCCCUUUGACGACUCUGAGGAUAAGCCCUUUAAGAAAGGCAGACCCUUCACGGUGCCGCAUGACCUGGACAAUGUGCCCGGCAGCAAGCGGAAGAGGCAGACACCCAGGAAGCUGCAGGACUUCAUGAAGUGGUUCUCUGCAAGCCAGAACGACAGAACUGACAGCAGAACCACCAAGAAGAAAUGGCCAACGUUCGCUGAUCUGGAGGUUCUGUACUGGAAGCAGCUGAAGGAGCGGAUGGCCGCGCAGAGGAAGCUGCAGAGGAGAAUGGUGAGGCAGCAGCGAAUGGGAGCUGCCCUCGAUGACGUCCUGGAGCAGGAGGACGUCCACCCGGCAGCCCUGGAGCAGCUGGCCGAGGGCGACCUGGGCCCCUGCACGAUCCCUGACUCCCUGAGCUAUGAGGAGCUGGUGAGGAGAAAUGUGGAGCUGUUCGUUGCCAACUCCCAGAAGUACGCCCGCGAGACGGUGCUGUCCCAGCGUAUCCGUGACUGGAAGGACAAGAUGGAACCCAAGCUGCAGGAGCAGGAGGAGCGAGCCGCCUUCGACAUCCACAGCUACGGGGACCAGCUGGUGGCGAGCUGUGGGCGGCUGGGCGAGUGGCACUCCUUCGCCAGCCUGGUGGCGGGGAAGCCGGCCUUCGAGGUGUGUCGCUCCAUGCUGGCCUCGCUCCAGCUGGCCAAUGACUGCACGGUGGAAAUCAGCCAGCAGGCAGGCCUGGAGGAGGCGGUGGACACCAUGCGGCUGCGCCUCCUGACCCAAGAGCGAGCACACGAGCGAUUCCGCACCUACAUGGCCCCCUCUGUGUCAAACUGA